AUGUCUACUACAACAGCUACAUCUUAUCAGAAACCUGCAAAAGCCCCACGGCGGCUGGGCAAGAAGCAGCUGGCUACAGAAAUGCUAGAAGGGAGCGUGUCUGAUGUGGGCGCACCUACAGAAUACCAGAAAAACACAUCCCCAGCCACCGCCGCCGUGACAAAAAACAAUAACAAAGGCCAGCUACGGAAGCCCUUACACGCGAAUAAGAAAUCACAGUCAGAAGGAGCACCGUUGAAUGGUGCGAAGCAAAGCAACAACCGCAACCACCAAGACAAGGCAAAGGCCACGCCAGUGAAAUCUUCUGCCUAUGCAGCCUCUAAUUUCCAACAAUCCCCAGCUGCCUCUGAUCUUCCUCUACCGAGUUUCUACUCUAAAUCAUUGCCUGGUACAAGUCUCUUGUCAUCAGAAGUCGACAGCGGUGAUACCUCUAGUCCACAAAUCCCUUCAGUCGCUUCAGUAGAUGAAUCUCCUAGCAAGCGAGAAUCUACCCCUUGUGACUUCCUCUUCGAAGCAGCUCGACACGCAAAAGCUACACCGCAAAAGGACAGCCCUGCGAUUCGCUCGGGUAAUCUCAAUAUUCCCAAUGGAAGCCCGGCUUCAAGGUCUCCCGCUCCUCGAGAAGCCGAUUCUAUGUUUCCUUUCGAACUGGAAGGAGGGACAAUCCCUGGAGAAGACGGGUCUCCAUUCGCUACACCUUACAAAGACCGCAUGGAAGCCUUGCGAUCAUCCAAGGCGAUAUCACCAGGAAGCAAGAGCAUGGACGAAAAUGAGCGGAAGGCCAAAAGCGAUGCCUUGAAGCAACUCCUUAUGCGGUCAAGUGGGCAGGUUGUCGGAACUGGUGUCGACCCCAGAGUUGACAUGAACAAUCCUUUCAACGCGAGAGCACCAUACCAGCAGCCACCCUUUUCCGCUCCAGGGCCGCCUCUCGCACGUCAAGUCCCGGGUCCUCCGCUAUCCGUAUACAUGCAGGAACACCCCGGCUACAUUCCUCCACAUCAUCUACCUCCCGCGCCCUAUCAGUAUUCCUCGGCGCCAUCGCAGGCCCAAAAGAGACCGACGUCUUCACGCCUGAGAAAUGUGUACGGAGCGCAGAGCGAGCCGGAAUAUGCCGAACUGUCCUCUGACAGUGCCGUGACACCACCAAUAUCAACAGCACGACGACACACGGGGCGACCCGUGUCUCAAUAUAACUCAAUGGGACAACAAUAUCCGAGCCAACCACAGAUGCCUUCUCACCCAGCUAAGCCCAGUGCGCAGCAAUUGGAGGAUGAUUUGCGACGAGUUUUGAAGCUCGACCUUACGUCAAGAGGAUAA